UAUCACAUGCAGCCUUCCCCCAGCACCGUCCGGGGACUACAGACGUACCUAAAACUUUCAAACAUUAAGACGUCAGACGAGGGAGAGAUCUGGGAGCAUGAGAGAGCGGACAAAAGAAACCAGCACCGCGUCUGUUCCCCCAGCAGCUACGUCGGUUUCGUGGGAGUGGUCUGUGGGCGAGGGCCAUUGUCGAGGGAGAGCCCCACAUCCCACUUCGGAGAAAGGGGAAUUCUCGGUGAGCUAGGCUUCUCUGAGGUUGGCUCGGGAGACAAAGACGGAGGACCACAGAGAGAGAGAGAGAGAGAGAGAUAACGUGGAGGGGGACAAGGAAGGGGAAGUGUCCAGAGGCCAGGAUUAUGUAUGUGAGCUCUUUACUUUUGUUACUUGUGGCUCGAGGACUAGCAAGGAGCUGUCCAGCCCCUUGUAGCUGCUGGAAUAAGGUGUCGGACUGCAGCGAUAAGGAAUUGGUCGCCCCGCCUUUCGGCUUGCCCUUGCACACCACCAACCUCAGCCUGGCUCACAACAAAGUUCUCGCCCUGCCCCCGGGCUACUUCUCCUGCUACACCGACCUGAUGGUGCUCGACCUCCGCAACAACUCGCUGACCGAGCUGCCGGCCGGCCUGUUCCGGCCGCUGGUCAAGCUGACCCACCUGGACCUGAGCUACAACAACCUGAGCCGCCUCACCCGGGAGCUGCUGAGGCCGGCCCGCAACUUGGUGCACCUCCUGCUCAGCCACAACCCCGGGCUGUCGGUGAUCGCUCCGCGGGCCCUCUCCGGACUGCCGCGCCUCCAGCACCUGGACCUCAGCUUCGACGGCCUGACCGGGGUCAGCCAGGACCUGCUGGACGGCCUGCCCGCCACCGUCUCCGUGCGCCUGGCCGGCAACCCUUGGCUGUGCGGCUGCUCCAUGGAACCCCUCCUCAAAUGGGUGGCCAGGAAUCUCCACCAGUGCAACUCCGAUUCCAGGGAAGUGGAGUGCGCUGGUCCACCAGAGGUCAAAGGUAUUCCACUCUUCACCCUGACCGAAGAGAGCUUUAAGGCAUGCCACUUCUCGUUGACCCUGGAUGACUAUCUCUUCAUUGCCUUUGUUGGCUUCAUUGUGUCCAUUGCAUCAGUCGCCACAAACUUCCUUCUGGGAAUUACUGCCAACUGCUGCCAUCGCUGGAACAAGGCAAAUGAAGAGGAAGAGAUGUGACAACUCCCUCCCCAACUUUGGUGGACGAACCAAUCGCAAAGCUGCAAGGUUUGACCGGUAUUUUGGCUCCUUACAUUCAGCCCAUGCGAGGAAAGAGUGAGGGAGGAGAAAUGGGGAUGAGAUCAUGACGAAGACAACAUGUCUUGUCAAGGGAAGAGCUUGGCGUUCACGAAGAAACCCACUUUUCCUUUUAUAUUCUUUCUGUCUCCGGUAGUGAGAGGCAACCAAGGAAGAUACAGAUUUGAUUCCACCAGCCAUGACCCUCUGAGCAAGGCUAGUGAGGAAAAAAGGGCAUUUUUCGGUGCCGUUGUACCGAACGAUUUGGAGAAGCUGAAUUUGCUCUGAGACUCGAAAGCUACUUCUAUGGGAGUCUUUGAUGACAUUGGAGAGGAUGAUCUUGAAAAGAGAAUUCAAGUUUCUUGAUGUUAUAGCCAUCGGAACUGGAGAGUUAAGCCUUAUUCUUUAUGCUGUUUGUACGAUUGAAGAUCAGAGUUGACUCCAAAUCAUUCAACUGUAAUCAUCACCUCAGUUGUCAAGCAAUGGAGGAUGCAGUUGAAUCUACUCAUUUACUAAGUUUUAACUGAGAUUGUAAUGGUGGAAAGUGACUGAGACUUUGCAACUUUGAAAUUCAGAUGAGAAGGAAAACUUUGAAAUGUUCAUUCACUUUUACAAUCCGAUGUGAGGAAGAUCCGAUUGAAGAUGAUCUGAUAAAUGAAGACCAGAACUCUAAGCACUGUUUGAAGAAAAAUAAAGCUUAAAAAGAAACAAACAAGUUCUUCAUUUGUCCUUAAUGCUGAGAGGGAGAGGACAGACAGAGUUCAAUUCCAGCCUAAUUGGUAUCAAUCUAAUUGGCCUUUGGAACUUAGUUGAGUAUUCAAUGGACAAGAAGCAAAGGACUGUGAUUGCAAAUAGUUUUGACAUGUUUCUCAGCUAGGGUCAAAUGUAAUUACCUCCAAUUACUUAGCGCAGAACCAGGCCAUUUGGCCCAACAGGCCAGUGCUGAUGUGUCAAGCCUCCUCCCAGUCCCUACUUCAUCUCACCUUAGCAACAUAACAGAUGGUGAGGAAAUGUACUGUGCUGUAUGGGAGGCUUUCAAAGGUAUGCACAUCUUGCACAUAGCUAACUGUGGGCGAUUCAGCGCUUGCUAUAUAUAUUUCACAAUAGUCCUAAACUGAAUUUGAACUUUGUGAAACUGACGGAAGGAAAAGGCAAUUUGUCAAUAUCAUUAUCUUCAAAUAAAUGUUUGGGGAGCCUUGAUGAGCAAGGAUAUGACAAUAUUAAGACCAAUUUUAACAGGAUAUAUCUUGGUGAUGCAAACUGUGCAGGCAUCUGCUCAUUAAAAGCUGACUAGGUCUGACAGUUCCUGAUAAACACCUGAUUUAUGAGUGUGGAUACAAAAUACAGAGAGCUUCAUAUCCGUUGGGCUAUUUAAAGACAGAAGCAAAAUGAGAUUGAGAGGCUGCCUUCCCCUCCAAAAAAAAUAAAUCGGGUAAGGACAAUGUUGGCAGGCCUGCCUCAGGAAUUCUAACCAGCCUGAGAAUGUGUGUGUGUGUGUGUGUGAGAGAGAAAGAGAGAUAGAGAGAAGGCUGGUUAAUAUGUCCACUAUGGAACCAGGUCACUCAGCAUCCUGGAGCAAUUUGCCUUUAGGUAGCAGCAGUUUUUAUGAGGAGAAUGUUCCCUAGCCAAUUCAUGGGGAGGGGGCAUUUGUCAGGUGAAGAAUCGCAUGCAAGCAAGUUUGGGGCGGUAGCAGAGGUGAACAAAGGAGUAACUUUUAAGCAGCAUCUUACCAGAGCAGAGAGAGAGAUGGCAAUGCUGAGAGAGGGAAUUCUUUCGGACUCCAGGCAGCUGAAAGGACGGGUGCCCCAAAGGUGUGACUAAAAUUGGGGCUAUUUCGGCAGUCAAAAUUGUAGUUUACUCUCCUGAUCAGUUAUACGCUCGGCAGACCUCUGACGUCUUCAAGUAAGGCUGGAAUUUAUUGUGUGACUUCUGAUGCCCAAAUCAUGGAAAGGAUUAAGAGCCACCCUAAGGUGACCUUCCUUUGAAGGUUGUUAGAAAACUAUUCAGUGUUUGCAGCAAUUUCUGGUGGUGAUAUCAAGGUUCCAGAUUUAUUGGACUGUGUCCAGUAGCAGAAUCAGGACUCGUGCCCUGUAGGUGCCAUCAGUUCAGCCCAGCCUUAUCCACACGUAAUAAUUUGUUGCUUGAAAACUAUACCGUAGUUUAUCGAAAGGCCUCUCAUUGCUCUUUGACCUCAUUCAGUUUAUCUAUCUAAAUGGCCUUUGAGCCAUUUAUACUAUUUAAACACCCUUUCACUCCCAUUCAGAUGAUUUGCCUUUGCUUUUAUAUUCAUUCUUGGGAUGUGUGCAUUGCUGG